AUGGGUACUAUGAACGAGUUAGUUAAGAAACGAGGAACUUAUAAGGGUCGUUUAACGAAAUUUCUCACGAACAUUGAUACAUAUAAAGAUGUUGUAUGUUGCAGUCAAGUGGAGAUUUUGGAAUUAAAGUUGCGAAUGGCUAACAUUGAAGCGAUGUUUGCGGAUUUCCAGGAAACACAAACGAGAAUCGAGUGUCUGGCUGUCUCGGAGGAGGAAGUUCAGACACAUGCGGUACAAAGGUCAGAUUUUGAAUCUCAAUAUUAUUCCGCGAUGGCUAGGGCCCAACAGUUAUGUGGUAAACAUAAACAUACACAUAGACGUCAUCGUAAAUAUACCCAUAGUAGUUCUGAGACUUGCUUUUCCUCAGCCAGCGAUAACGAGGAUGGUGAAACGGUGAAGCAGAUGAAGAAGGGCAUUGCAAAUGUUAAACUACCCACCAUCCAAAUUCCUAAAUACAGUGGCGAAUUUGAAACCUGGCUUGAGUUCCGCGACGUUUACACAUCUCUCAUCCAUUCGAAUACAGCAAUUAGUGACAUACAAAAAUUCCAUUAUUUACGGGCUUCCCUGGAAGGCAGCGCUGCUCAGGUCAUUCGCGCGUUGGAAUUUUCUGCGUCCAACUAUACUUUAGCGUGGAAGUCUUUAUGCGAUCGGUUUGAUAAUACUAGGCUGUUAGUGCAAAAUCACGUUAAGGCUAUUUUUGAUGAAGAGGUGAUAAAAAAGGAAUCUGCUUCAUCCAUACGUAGGGUUUUAGAUGCAUGCAAUAAAAAUCUACGAGCAUUAGAAACUUUAGGGGAACCCGUAACCAGUUGGGACACAUUAAUUAUAUACAUCAUGGCAACAAAAUUAGAUGCGCGUACGCUUCGUGAAUGGGAGGAGCACAAAGUUACACACACAAAACUAACAUUAGAAAUAUUCACAAAUUUCCUUAAAAAUAGGGCAGAUGUAUUGGAAACCAUCGAAUUAGGUAACAACACAAGCAACAACAGACACGAGUCGUUAUCGAAGGGUACAAGUAGGCAUGUUCGAGGCUUAGCUACAGUGGUGCAACCUGGUUAUAAAAAACACAAAUGUCAUCUUUGUAAAUCGGAGCACCCCUUAUAUUUAUGUAAUGAAUUCGCGCAAAUGAGCAUUACUGGUAGGGAACAGUUUGUUAGGCGAAUGAAAUUGUGCAGUAAUUGUUUAAGAGCAGGGCAUAACUUGCGUGUGUGUAGGUUAGGUCCUUGUCGGAAGUGCGGCAGCAUGCAUAACACUUUGCUACAUAGGGACGAUGGCCUAAAUAAUGCAGCACAUGACACGACAGCUCCAAGAACAUCAGCGCUGCUGGCACCUACAUCAGCGGCGCAGCCAACCCAGCCGGUGCUGAAGUCAACUGAUGAUGUUGUCAAGAACAUGUCAGCAAUCAACAAGCAGUCCGGCCGAGUUCUUCUUGCCACGGCAUUAAUUAAUAUUUUUGACAUCCAUGGUAGACCUCAUGAAGUCCGAGCCAUUCUCGAUUCCGGGAGUCAGGCAUCUUUCAUGACGGAGUCACUCCUUAAAAUAUUAGGCCUGAACCAUAAGGAUACCAUGUCCACUGUAGCUGGCAUCAACGACCUGGUCUCGGUAGUCAACAAACGAUGCGAUGCAAUAAUACAGUCCAGAGUAAACUCAUUUAAAACUAACAUCACAUUCCUGGUAUUGCCAAACAUAACUUCAACUAAAAAUGAAGUCUUUAAUGUAGGCACAUUAAACAUUCCUUCGGGUAUUCAACUCGCAGACCCAGAAUACUUUAGUCCGUCAAGCUACGAUAUAUUGCUCGGCGCAGACAUAUUCUGGGACUUGCUAUGCGCAAACAAAAUAAGAUUAGGCAAAAACUGUCCGGUGUUGCAAGAGACGAAGUUCGGGUACAUUAUUUCCGGACCCACUGGACAACAAACGUCAAAUAAGAUUUCAUGCAACUUUAGCAAGUUUGAUGAAAUCCAAGAUCAGUUGGCCAAGUUCUGGACAAUCGAAGAAGUUCCUUCCACUAAAAAAUCGAUAUAUACCGAUGAAGAAGAAUUAUGCGAAGCACACUUCGUACAAAACAUGUCACGUAAUGAAGACGGUAGAUUUUCAGUAGGUAUUCCUCUAAAAGGAAAUGAAUCUGAACUUGGCCAAUCCUUUGAACGCGCUAAGGCGUGCUUCCUAGCACUAGAGCGUCGACUCGCAAAGCAGCCCGUAUUGAGGGCCAUGUACGUCGAUUUUAUGAAGGAGUAUUUAUCGUUAGGUCACAUGGCUUUAAGUGACAUCGAUGCUCCUCAUGAAAAUUCAUACUUCAUGCCACAUCACGGCGUCCUGCGAAAUUGCGAGUCGUCUUUAACGCCAGUGCUCCUACAAAUUCCGGCCUAUCCUUAA